UAAAAAUUAAAAUGUCAAGAUAAGCUCCAUCCUCAGCAUAAAAGAAUGACAUAAAAGCUCCUCCUCCACCACCUCCUUAAAAAGGACCAAAACCAUUUAAUGCUGAAGAUUAUGCAAGACCUCCACAUCUUACAAAGGAAGAAGUAUUAGAAGUUAAAUAAGCCUUUGACAUUUUUGAUAAUGAUGGAUCUGGAUCUAUCGAUCCAUAAGAAUUAAGAGAAGCUUUUGAAGCUUCAGGAAUUAAAACUUACCAUAAUAAAUUUAUUUAUUAAGUCUUGGGUGAAUUAGAUACUGACAAUAGUGGAGGAAUUGACUUUUCAGAAUUUUUACAUCUAGCAACUGCCAAAGUUAGUGAUAAAGAUACUAGAGAGUAAAUCUAAAAAGUCUUCAAUCUUUAUGAUUGGAAUAAGGAAGGUAAAUUAUUACAUUAUUUAAAGGUCGAAUCACAUGGGAUGAAUUAAAAAGAGUAGCAUAAGAUUUAGGAGAAGAAAUGACUGAUGAAGAAAUCUAACAUAUGUUUAAAAAAGCUGAUUUAGAUGAUGAUGGCUUUGUAACCUUUGAUGAUUUCUAUAAUCUAAUGACUCAAAAGGAAUACGGAAAGUAAUGAUAAAUAUAAAUAUAUACAUUCAAAUUAGAAUCAAAUAUUUCCUUAGCG